UCAAGCUGCCCAGAAUCAAAUUGACAAAUUCUUCCAUUUCUCUAUUCUCCUCCCUGUUCUUUUCAACUGUAAGUUCGCGAAUAGUGUUACUGUUUAGAUCAUUUUUUUCCACUCAUGGGGAGGAAGAAAGAUGGGAAGAUGAGUGCUUUUCGUGCAGAGAAAUUUCUGGUGUUUAUGUUGUUUCUGUUUGGAAUGGUUUUGAGAGCAAAAGGAGUCUGGUUAGAGAUACCCAAAUCAGGGAUCAAGUGCUUGUUUGAGGAUAUCAGAAAAAGCGUCGUCGUUAUGGCCGAUUACUAUGUUUUCUGGGAUGAAGAUUAUCUUAACACUAAUUAUACCCCCAGAGUCUCUGUCAAAGUGACAUCACCAUAUGGAAAUACUGUCCAUCAUCAAGAAAACGUGACACAUGGUCAAUUUGCAUUUACAACAAGUGAAGAUGGUAGUUACAUGGCUUGCUUCUCAACUGAAAGCAGUCAUGAUGGAGGUAAAGCAGUCACUGUUGGUAUUGAGUGGAAAACUGGAAUUGCUGCUAAGGAUUGGGAAUCGGUUGCCAAAAAAGAACAUGUUGAAGGUCUUGAGCUUGAGCUGAGGAAACUUGAAGGAGUUGUGGAAGCCAUCCGUGAAAAUUUGAUCUAUCUCAAAAGCAGGGAAGCAGACAUGAGGGAAGUGAGUGAAAGAACUAAUGCAAGAGUGGCUUGGUUCAGUAUAAUCUCGCUUGGUGUUUGCGUUGCGGUUUCACUUGUUCAAGUAGUGCAUCUGAAGCAUUUUUUUGAAAAGAAAAAGCUCAUCUAGGUUUUAUAGUUUGCAAAGUCUUACCUGAUCGAGAAUUUGUUCAUGCUAAAUUUUUUAAAAAAAAGAUAGAAUAGCUUUGUUAGUUUACCACAUGUCAUUUUCAUAUGUUUAUUUCCUUGCACAAUCAUGAUAGGAUGAACUUGUUUUGGUAACAAA